CGUUCCUCUUCAUCUGGAAGGGCUGCCUGUACCAAGCAGUCAAAUGAAAAUCUAAGAGGAGCUGGAAAGAUCACAGCUGUUCGGGAAGCCACACAACAGUCUGAAAAUAAAGAGGUAAUAGAAAAAAUGUCUACAUUAAGCUUUUAUUAGAGAUGGUUUAUUGCUUUCUCUAAUGUUCUGUUUUGCCAUCCAUGUUUAAUUGAUGAUAAAUCCUUGAUUUAUCCCAAAUGCAUUCUGUUUUUUCUGUUGAGAGCCCAACUUAAAAAACAUCAGUGACCAGUAGACCGCAAUCUAAUGGUUUCCACUACAUCCAAACUAAAACCAUUACUUGGUGGUUCCAUUACAUUGAGUGUCUUGGGACAUUUUCCAUUAGGAAGUAAUGGACUCUACUGGUGAAACCACAAUGUUUAUACCAGGGGUGUCAAACUCAUUUUGUCCCGCAGGUCGCAUUCUGUCUUCACCAAGGUCUGGAGGAACACACUGAAAAUGUGCUAUAUUUCCUUACCUUCAAAAUGUGCUAAUCCUCUAUCCAUCAUUUUCUGAAUUUUCAAUCCUCCCUGUCCUAACUUUUCUUUCGGUAAUUGUUAGCGAGUUGGACAGAGUGAAGAGACUAUUAUCAUGUCUACACAGUUUUUAUUGGGUUUGAGCCAUUUCAGUGUAGAUCGAACCCAGAUGCUGUAUGUCUGACACCCCUGGUCUAUACAAACAUUUUAUACUAUUAAUGUCUAGUUUGUCUUUUAACAUGACUUACAGUACAUGUCCCCAAUUCUGCUGCCUCUACAACUCAUUCCGCAAACCCUGCAUGUUCCUGUAUUUUCAAUUAAAUAUGCUCUCUCGCCAUAUCAGGUGGUUUUGCAGUUACCUGACGAGGAGAAGAGCGGACCUGACAUAGUCUUGAUCAAGGAGGAGAAGCUGGGCGGGGACUUGGAUAAUAGUGAUGACACACAGGAUGUUCUGCUAUUCAGUGAGAAGGGUAAGUGAAAGGUGUACACAUGAAUUGUUAGCCAGGUGGAAUUGUAUGUACAUUGGAAAUUCUACGUCUGUUAUUAUGUCAACUGCUUUUCUCUCCCCGAUGUGGUAAAGUGAACUUAGUUGAAUCACACUCCUAACAUUGUCACACAAAAAAUAAAGGGUAGGCCUACACAAUCUCCCCCAUUACUGGCAAUAUUGCUCCGCACAUCAACGCUGACAAUCAUUUUGUCGUGAGCGUUUUGGGCCAAACUGGUUCAUCUGCAUCUCCCAGACAUUAGUUGCAGAUGGCUGAACUACAACCCUGUUUAAAAUGUUUUUGAGACAUAGGAAAAAUCUUUAUCAUCUACAUUAUUAUUGCUUGUGUAGGGCAAUAUGUACCCCCACCGUGUUGCCAGGCACAUCUCCUACCUCUCCCCUUACAAAACAAUGGAAACACAGGUUCAUCACUGUGUUUAUUGACAUCCCUAUUUGCUCCAAUCUCUUCCCUAAGGUACUGAGGCGUUGUAUGUCGAAGUGAAUGACUGUGAAGAAGGGCCAUCCAGAAUGACCUCCUCCAACAUGACUACGAGGGAGUGGGACAGAAGUGGAGAGGAUAGUGGCCACCGAUCCGAGCAGGGGAACGAGAGUUCUCAGAGGACCCCCCAGUUUUUGCGCUCUAAGUUCACGGCCGGAAGAUGGAACCCCCUGAGCCUUGACUACACGCUGCAUGAGACACCCAGUGAGUCUGGGUCCUCCAGUCCACAGGGGGGGGGUGAUGAAAUGGAGACAGUGGAACCCGUUUAUGAUUUCCCUUCAGAAACAGACACCGACAUCCCCCCUACUCACCUGACAGGGAAACGGUUUCCUUUUGAACCAGACAGUAGUCCAAAUUCUCUCGCUGGGAAUUUCGAAAUGAAAAGAGAAGUUUCCAUGGUCAGCUCUCUACCUUACGACGUGGAACUGGAUAUGUGUUCUUCAUGGAGCAACCAGGGUAUGCUGGGAAUGGUUUCCAUGCAGCACGGGCAAUACCUGAAACCGGACCGCAGGGAAAUGCUGCUUGACAAGGCUGCAGACUUGAGCUCUGGCCAAUAUCAAAUGACCGCUGCCGGACUUCACGCUGCAGCCAAGUACGACAGCAGAGACGGCAAGCGUUUUAUUUGCACCUUCUGCAGCAAGUGUUUUACAUCGUCGCGAAAUCUGGAGACACACCUGCGGGUUCACACAGGAGAGAGACCGUACAGCUGCGCCCAGUGCGGGAAGAGGUUCACCCAGUCUGGCCAUCUGAAAACACACCAGAGCGUACAUACCGGAGAGCGGCCAUUUGCCUGCGAGCAGUGUAGUAAAAGAUUUGCAGGGAAACAAAAUUUGAGGUUACACCAACAGAAAAACCACCCUAAUCCGUAAGGUGUGACGCUAGUUGAGAGCUCCAUGAAUACGGUUAUGCCUAACAUUUUUAGAAGCUUUAGACCAGAACCUUGACACUGUUUGACAUCUAAGUUUGAACAUUAGUCAUAAAGAUUAGGCUAUUUUGUAUUUUCACACUGAUGAUAUGUUUUGAUGGAUGAACUUCGCAAGAAUGGUAGAGGUGAAAAACGUGGCCUAACAUUGCGAUGCUCUCAUUUCAAUUUCUUUUCCAUUUAAUUGCCUUUUGAAAUGAUACAAUUGAGAAUAUUUAACCCAAUGAAACAAAGCUAUUUGAAUGUAUUUUGAAAAUGGAACAGUCAUUCCAUAUAAGUUGUUACCAUAAUGGUCACACUUUAAAUGAACCACAAUUCAUAAAGGCUUUAUAUAGCACACAUAAAGUAUUCAUAGGAACUAUAAAGUGCAUUGCCUAAUGCAUCAUAUCCUACUAUGAAAAUUCUCAAAAAAGCUGUGCUUUAUAAAGGGUUGUAAUUAUACGUAACAAUAUAACAUUAUUAGUGUGAUUGCAAGAAGAUAACUCGCAAGAACUGUAAGAGAAAAUGUGUUCUCCCAGUAAACUCACCUUUUAACAAUACGGACAGCAGGAAAGUUUAUUUAAAGGAUGUAAGUUAUUUCAGAAGAUUCAUUAUUUACCAACAGCUGCAAAUCCCAAUAAAACGACAUCACGUUUUGAAGUUCACUUUCCUUGUUUUGUCUAACACUCAUGUAUCUACAAAGACGUUUUGUGGGUCAGUAGCUAGGUUUCCAUCCAAUUGGUGAUUUUCAUGCCAAAAUUAUAAAAUCUGCAUAAAGAAAAUGCGCAUUUUCCAACCAGUGGUCUGUUUCCGGAAUUCUUGCGGAUACAAAUCAGUGCCUGAUGACAGUGCACACAAUUUACUUUUUCGUUUAAGUUUUCAGGUACUGGAUAAAAUGUGUUCAAUGUGUUUCCAUUGCAUUUUCAACUCUACCGAUAGCUUUGUCACAAACUGUUGCAUUCAAUAGCAAAUGUGCCUACUCUGGUCUUGGCACGUGCGCUCUGGCCAACAGCUCACAGAUACAGUAUGCUAGUCUACAUGAUGAGAUUAUUAUGGAUAAGAGUGAGUGUGUGUUCCUCCAGACAUGUCAAACGACAGUUUGAACAAAAUACAAUUUCAGCUAAACCCUUUUAAAUGUAUUGAUUUAUUACCUGUUUACUGAGACCAUGUGUUAUUAUCUCAGCUUUACCAUAAAACAUGCUGUAAAUAUGACAUUUACAACUCCAGGGUCAGAACACGCUCUAGGCCAGGUCUGGCUGUUGCACGUCACAUUUUGCAAUGUACCAUAACCCAUUCCCCCCCAAAAACAUACAAAGGAUUACAUGGUGUAAUGCUGAUGGUGACAUUACACAUGACAUUGGUUGUAAUUGAGGAAAGCCCCCAGAUAGGGCAAUGUCAUAUGUAAUGCCACCAUUUAUACAGUAGGAAUAUGACAAUAGCUUAUAGAUGAUUUGUGAAACAUCUAUGGUGUUCUUAUGAAGACUAUGCACACUAUAUAAAGCCUUUAUGGAUUGUAGUUUGUUUAAAGUGGGAGCCAUACAAUUAGCAUGUAAUUGUCAAUAUUUGGGUUUGGCAGUGUGUUGACAUUGAAGGUGAAUAACUUCCACAAUAUGUCUGAAAUUAGUGAGUCAGAACAGUGUUUAUUACUUGUUCAUAUGCAAUAUAAAAAGUCAGGAAUAAGUCAAUUCUAGCUCACCAUCAGGUAAUUGUUGAGAGGUGUGGUCGUCUGUAGCUCAACUGGUAGAGCACGGCGCUUGUAACGCCAAGGUAGUGGGUUCGAUCCCCGGGACCACCCAUACACAAAAAUGUAUGCACGCAUGACUGUAAGUCGCUUUGGAUAAAAGCGUCUGCUAAAUGGCAUAUUAUAUUAUUAUUAUAUUGUGCAUUGCAAUAUAUUUCUAAUAUUCAUGAAUAUCCGUUUUGUAAUUUCUGAGUUCCUUUACAAUGCAUUUACAUAACUGUCACAUAAUACACUUCACAAAGUUAUAUAGUAAAGUGAACACAACCACAUUUAUCUGGUUCCUGCCUGUGCAACUUCAGGGGAUCCACCUGCAGCAUUUGUGUGAUGAGAACGCAGGCUGUCACCAAGGCUGCUGUUCAAAAUAAAAGUUUUAAAGACUGAGUAUGGGGUACAGGAAGUAUCUCUUCUUCACCCCUUUCCUAUUGUUUGUAGCUAGCUAUUCUCCAGAAGAACAAACUUUUUGCACAUCGGUAUUUCCAAAUCCAUAGUACCACCCAAAUAUAAUUUGACAUUUUAAAGUGUCAAAUGAUAAACUGUAACAGACUAGCCCUGAAAAUGAACAGAAUACCCAGACCCAUGUGGAAUUCCAAGGCUUUGCACAAGCAGUUGGCGUCCUUCUUUGGUGCGUUGACCAAGGCAGCAGUGGCUGACAUCUGUGAAGUUGAUGAAGGUUAUGCAAUUUUGCAAUUAGAAAUAUCAAUAAACUACAAGGGAAACGAGGACCUA